GGAGUGGCAAAGGCGGCCUGGCCAGCGCCGAGCUCCCGGCCCGGAGCUGCUUCUGAUUACCGCGAGGGGCCCGGACGCGAGAGCCGCCGCGAGGCCUGCCCUAGAGGCGGAGUGAGUGAGCCCUGGAGCCAGGCUGGGGGACCUCACGGACAGCUGGGCUCGCGCUCCGCCCACCCCGCGGGGAUUGGCUGCGAACGCGGAAGGAACAAGCCCACGCCCCGCGCCCGCGCCCGCCAAUGGAAGCGCCCGCUCGGCUUGAUGGACGCGCCACCUUCCGCCAAUGGGGACGAAGGGAAGCCCGAGCGUGUGGCCCCGGCGAGUGCGGAUAAAAGCCGCCCCGCCGGGCUCGGGCUUCAUUCUGAGCCGAGCCCGGUGCCAAGCGCAGCUAGCUCAGCAGGCGGCAGCGGCGGCCUGAGUUUCAGGGCAGCCAGCUCCCUCCCGGUCUCGCCUUCCUUCGCGGUCAGCAUGAAAGCCUUCAGUCCCGUGAGGUCCGUUAGGAAAAACAGCCUGUCGGACCACAGCCUGGGCAUCUCCCGGAGCAAAACCCCGGUGGACGACCCGAUGAGCCUGCUGUACAACAUGAACGACUGCUACUCCAAGCUCAAGGAGCUGGUGCCCAGCAUCCCCCAGAACAAGAAGGUGAGCAAGAUGGAAAUCCUGCAGCACGUCAUCGACUACAUCUUGGACCUGCAGAUCGCCCUGGACUCGCAUCCCACUAUUGUCAGCCUGCAUCACCAGAGACCCGGGCAGAACCAGGCGUCCAGGACGCCGCUGACCACCCUCAACACGGACAUCAGCAUCCUGUCCUUGCAGGCUUCUGAAUUCUCUUCUGAGUUAAUGUCAAAUGACAGCAAAGCACUGUGUGGCUGAAUAAGCGGUGUUCAUGACUUCUUUUUUUCUUUGCACAACAACAACAACAACAACAAAUUCACAGAAUCUUUUAAGUGCUGAACUUAUUUUUCAACCAUUUCACAAGGAGGACAAGUUGAAUGGACCUUUUUAAAAAGAAAAAAACGGAAGGAAAACUAAGAAUGAUCAUCUUCCCAGGGUGUUCUCUCGCUUGGACUGUGAUAUUCGUUAUUUAUGAAAAAGACUUUUAAAUGCCCUUUCUGCAGUUGGAAGGUUUUCUUUAUAUACUAUUCCCACCAUGGGGAGCGAAAACGUUAAAAUCACAAGGAAUUGCCCAAUCUAAGCAGACUUUGCCUUUUUUCAAAGGUGGAGCGUGAAUACCAGAAGGAUCCAGUAUUCAGUCACUUAAAUGAAGUCUUUUGGUCAGAAAUUACCUUUUUGACACAAGCCUACUGAAUGCUGUGUAUAUAUUUAUAUAUAAAUAUAUCUAUUUGAGUGAAACCUUGUGAACUCUUUGAUUAGAGUUUUCUUGUAUAGUGGCAGAGAUGUCUAUUUCUGCAUUAAAAAGUGUAAUGAUGUACUUAUUCAUGCUAAACUUUUUAUAAAAGUUUAGUUGUAAACUUAACCCUUUUAUACAAAAUAAAUCAAGUGUGUUUAUUGAAUGGUGAUUGCCUGCUUUAUUUCAGAGGACCAGUGCUUUGAUUUUUAUUAUGCUAUGUUAUAACUGAACCCAAAUAAAUACAAGUUCAAAUUUAUGUAGACUGUAUAAGAUUAUAAUAAAACAUGUCUGAAGUCAG